CUCAGCCAUCAGUCAGUCAGUCAGUCAGUCUGUCUAGUGAUGCUUUUGCCUGUCAGUCGUCCAUUCGUAUGUUUGUACCCUCCAAUGGCGUGCUGGAGAGCAGGGAAGAAAGCCAUGCACAGAACAUGGCUGCGAGUGGGGUGGUUUGGCAAUGGACGGGCACUGAUGUGCACCGGUGCCAGUCGGUGUGAUGUGUGGAACUGACUGAACACACCCAUAUGGUGGUCGCUGAAAGCUGAUAGAUACUCUCACAGUGACGCAUCGCUUCACGGCAACAAGAAGCUGUACAGACACGUGAGUGCGCCAAACACACACACACACACACACAAAAGAAGGCCGGCCGAAAAAAGGCCGAUGGGCACAAUGACGCGGCCUGCUCACUCCCAUCACACACAACAAACAAAUCGGCACCCACCCGUCCCACUCAGUUAACCACCGCACCCCACCACCCCCCAUUCAGUCUUUCACGAUUUGCCUCUGAAGACGUACUGGUGUAUAGUCAUCUUCUGCGGCAGGACGCCCCGCAUCCGGCCAAUCUCCGCAAACACGUCCUCGUGCAGGAACUGCUUCGAGUGCUUCUCGUACUUGCGGCUCAGCUUCUGGUGGUACUCCCGUCUCUGGCUCUUGUGCCUCUCGCUGAUGGCCUUGGCCCGCUCCCUCUGCUCCCGCUUCCUCUCGAACUCGUUGACGAUGCUGUCGAGGCAGAAGUAGUCCGCGAAGGCCAGCAGCUCAUCCUGCCGCUCGUCGCUCAUCUUCGGCAAAUUCUUGUAGUAGGCAAAAAAGUCCAGAGCGUCGAUCAGCCACCGCUGGCAGGGCAAGGUGAGGGAGCCGCGCAGGCCCUCGUCUGUGCCGAAGAGGUGCUUGUGGAGAGGGGAACGCUCAUGCGGGGAGAAGAUACUGCACACACACGCCACACACGAGCGCCUAUCCAUCCGACAACAGGAGAGUCUUCUCACCUCACCCAAAGUGCAGUCAGUACCUGCGCUGUACCCUCUUGGUUCCGUCUUCACACAAAAUGUCCACCUCGCCCUCCCUCAGCGGCCGGUCGCUGUCGUCACCGAGCGGCUCGGUAGUGUUGACGGGAUCCACUGCAGCCUCGCUGCCCUUGCGUCGCGGCUUGUCGUCUCUUUUGGAUGGCUGGAAGGGCACGACCUUGCCAGCCAUCCAGCCCCUUCCCUGGUAGUUCCUCCGCUGAGGAGACGCUUUGUCGCCGUCCUGUUCGGCCUCUUCCUCUUCCUCCUCUUCCUCCGCUGAGGAGUAGGCCAGGCUGAGGAUCUUGCGCUUCAUCUCCUCGUCCAUCGUCAUAGCCGUAGCCGGAGGCGUCGACACCACGAAGCAGGGCAGGUCACCACGUGCGCCGACAGGCCAAGAGCAGCGCGAAGGCUUUGUCAAGCCACCACUAAUAAAAAGACAGGUGUCCUCAAUCUCCACAUAGUAUACAGCAGCC